UAAGAGCUAGUUUGGUUGCAGCAUGGCGCUCACUUCAGGUUCUGGUAUUCCUCCAAAAACUUGGCAGCCGCCUAAUGUAACCUUAGAAACAACCAUGGGCACUAUUGUGGUUGAACUUUACUGGAAACAUGCUCCAGCAACAUGCAGGAAUUUCGCAGAACUGUGCCGGAGAGGAUACUAUAAAAAUGUGAAGUUCCACAGAAUAAUCAGAGAUUUCAUGAUACAAGGAGGGGAUCCCACUGGGACAGGUAGAGGAGGGGCCUCCAUAUAUGGUCAAAAGUUUAACGAUGAAAUUCAUGAAGACUUGAAACACACAGGUGCAGGUAUUUUAUCAAUGGCAAAUAGUGGUCCAAAUACAAACGGAAGUCAGUUCUUCAUUACCUUAGCACCGACUCAGUGGCUUGAUGGAAAGCAUGCAAUAUUUGGACGUGUCAGUAGUGGAAUGGGAGUAGUCAAGAGGAUUGGGAUGAUGGAAACGGAUUCAAAUGACAGACCAACUGAAGAUAUCAAAAUUACAAACUGUUUUGUCACCCCCUCAUAAUCAAAACCAUUAAACCAUUAGUUAAUUACCAUUGAACAGUUUCACCCAACCAUUCACUGAAAUGAGUUUUCACAACAUGUAAUUGCAUGUACAUUUAAAAUAAAUAUACAGUAAUUACUCAUUGCUUUUAUAACUGUGUAAUUCAGUUUGACUGGGGGGUAAUGGUUUUAAUCAUCGCUAGUUGAACAUGUGUCGCUAUCCACGAAGUUAUAUCUGGAGAGAAAUAGUGAUAAUAUUUAAGUGUUUCGGGUUGGGCACAACUAAGACGGCAUUUUAAUGCAUGUAUGGGAUUCAGAUUAUCCCUGUCACACCUGGUAGCUACUCCAUAUGAUGUGAUGUUCCCAUCUGCUAGAGUUUUUACUAGCAGAAUCUUCAUUUCAAUAAGUAAGUGAAUGAAACAGCAAAGUUCUCGUCACAACAACAUAGAAUUCCAUGGGGCAAAAGGCAAAUAGACAUGUCUGCAUUCAUGGACCAUUACAACUAAGCUGGCAGCUAGCCUUAGGAUCACUUUGUUGUUUCAGUCAAACGUAUUACCAGACAAGUAUGGGUCACAUGAUACUGUCUUUUCAGCAAACUCAAGCGACACACCUAGCUCUCGUGAGAAAAAGGCAUGUUUUUUAGGUCAAUGAUACCAGAUAAAGGCCAAUCGGAUUUCUUGAAAUGACCGCAAAAGAAGGUGGCAUUGAGCGACAAUAUUACCAUCAAGAAAACGUUGGUCAUUUGCAUGAGCCACUACCCUGCUUCCAGCUUGUGUUG